AUGCCCCAAGUCUCUGCGAUUGUCCUUACCAUUCUUGGUUUGACUAGAGCUGUUGUCCUCCCCAGGGAUCUCACUACUGGCGCACCUGGGAGGGAUUGGCAGUCAGCGGUCCAGAACAUCAAUGGCAUGAACUCUAUCCUCACUCUCCUCCCCGUUUUGACGGGUAAGGUCCAAAACAUCAAACUUAUUGCCAGUCGCUCCUACCCUGCGUCGUUUGUGAUGGCUGGAAUUGGCGCUGGGCGAGUGUUGUCCAAGUUGCAGCUGGGCAUCCUGCUCUGGAGUUUCGAACUCUACCGCAAUACCGUGGCCGAGUUGUCCUAUGCUCACGACGAGUACGUGAACCGGUUCAUGCCAAAGUUGCGGCAUAUUCCAUCUGGCACCGCGGAGCGGCAUACCACGAGCCUCAUCGUCAACCACAACCCGGCAGAAGCCUACAUGGUCGAGGCGUGGUUCCAGGCUCGAGGGCGUGCGUCCACCAUUCGACUGAAGCAGAACAACUACGCCAGGCUGCUGGUGGGUUCCGCCAUCUAUCUAGCCCUCUACAGUGGCGAGACCUUUCUGGCUGUUAAGAACGGAGCCAACGGUACGGGCCGGUUGUUGACCGUCGUGCAAACUGUCUGUGUUUGCCUGUGGCUCGGCGCUAUGAUCAUUAUUCAAAUUACUCGCGGCCAGGGCAAGGCUGAAGUUCAGCUUAAUCGGCUGGGAUCUCCUGAGUACCGUUGUCUCCAGAUACCCACAGCCGGCGAGCAGGUGACCUGCGUGAUCCUCAGUUUCCACCUCAACAACCUCAGCGGGUUCCAAGUGUACGGGGCGAAUUACGAACAGCCAAUCUUGAGAGUUGCAGGCGGUCUGAUCCUCUUCAGUGGUAUUCUCGACCUGGUCUCGACCGUCUUGAUAGUCGGCCUGACGGCGUGGGCUUAUCCGUGGAUCGGAUUGGAGGUCGCCAUCAUCCUCACCAAGGUCUUGUUCUGCCUCGAACCGACCCGCGAAAUUGAGAUUGCCGGUGUUGACGCUGAAGGCAACGAGCCGAAUCAGGGUGGCCCUGAUCCUCUACCUCUCCAGAUCCAACUCGCGGAGCCCUUUUUUGCCGAGAGGGUCACUACCGAUCACAACAUCAUCCGAGACACCCACGCAGCGUUGGACUGGCAGUCAACUUCGGCUGGGUUGUGGAUUGGACAGGUAUACACGGCGACAGACGGCACCGGCGGCGUCUCCACAAGGUACCUGACUUUGAACGAGCAGAAGAAACUCGCCUUGGUCGCCGACGAGCCAGGCAAGCAGGACAACCAGGCAUUGCAGCGCGAGUUUCUGGCGGCGUUGGCGAGCGUGGUUGAAGCCAAUGCCGUGCCGAGUGAGAAGUUCAUCGCGGCCGUGGAGCAGACUUUGGACAAUAUCAAGCGCACAAUGGCGCCCAAUUGGUUUGCAUUUGGAUCCAAGGAUGUGAUGGACAAGGUCAACAGGGCUCGACGGAAUCUCAGGUGGAGGCGGUUUCUCUAG